AUGUCUAGCAAAGGUCUCGUCCUUGUCACAGGUGCCAAUGGCUUCAUUGGCGCACGCACCGUAGAAGCAUUUCUCAACGCCGGAUACUCUGUCCGAGGCACCGUCCGCUCGUCCACGUCUGCCCAAGGCCUCUUGACUGCUCUACCCGAUGCGGCGGCCCAGGGACGACUCGAGAUUGCCGAGGUGCCCGACAUCACGCUUCCAGGGGCCUUCGACGAAGCGUUGAGAGGCGUCACGGCCGUCGCCCAUCUGGCGACCCCGGUGUCGUUCUCGUUCACCGAUGCAAACUAUGUCGUCGGGACGGCGGUGAAGGGUUCCAAGUCCAUCCUCGAAUCGGCCUUCAAGGAACCCGGCGUAAAGCACUUCGUGCUGAUGUCCUCCGUUGUUGCGAUCCUCGGUGAGAAGCCUCAGGGCUAUGUGUUCACCGAGGCGGACUGGAACGAGCAGGCACCAGAUCUCGUCGCGAAACUGGGUAAUGAGACUCCCGGCCCUGUGAUAUAUUCUGCCAGCAAGACGCUGGCGGAGCGCGAUUUCUGGAAGUUCAGGGAGGAAAGGAAGCCGAAUUUUACCAUGACUGCGAUCAAUCCUGUGUUCGUGGCUGGUCCACCACUUGUACUUCCAUCAUCGCCGGACAAUAUCAACGAGACUACGGAGUUCAUUUGGAAGGUGUUCUCUGGCCAGGGUAUUUCAGAGAAAACAAUUUCAAGUGGGCCCUUUGUCGACGUUCGUGAUGUAGCACGCCUUACUGUCUUUGGAGUCGAACAUGGUCAGGACACGGAUGCCCAACGCUACUUAGCACAGAGUGGUUGGGGCUCGCCGCAAGCUGUGGCAGAUGUUCUCUGCCGGCAGUAUCCUGACCGAAAGACUAUCAUCUGUCAAGGAACACCGGAAAGCGACUACCUUGCUGAUUUCAAGACUCCUCCUCAGGCUCCCCAGGUUGAUACAAGCAAGGCCAUUCGGGCUACCGGCCAGGGGUGGAUCGAUUUAGAGACUAUGGUUUUGGAUGCCGCGAAAGCUUUUGAGAAGUAUCUAUGA